CAAAACAAUCACUCCUCUUUAAUUAAUUCUUAAAAAUCUCGAGCAAAAAUGAGAUUUUUCGUUUCUCUUUCGACUCUUUCAUUAAUUCUGCUUCAGAUUUCUUCGUCUUUUGCCAAGUUACCUGAUGACAUAAUAAAAUGCGAAAUAAGUGACUUUUUGUGCAUUCGAGAUCGUGCGCAGUUCGUUUUGACGAAAUAUUACAUGGGAAAUGAGCAAAUGGGUCUCAAAUCGCUCGAUCCGUUGAAAGUUGAGGCGAUGAAAAUAACUGAAACGACAGAAGAGAAACGAAAUGUCAACAUCAACUUGAAUUUUCACAACUUAAAUGUCUAUGGAACGCGAAAAGCAACUGUUAAUCAAUUAAAAAUCACAAAUCGAACAACGAAAAAUUUCGAAAUUGAUUUUAGAGCGACUUUUCCGCGCAUUGAACUUAUCGGCGAAUAUACUGUAAACGGAAAAGUUUUACUUUUACCAAUUACGGGAGCAGGAAAAUGCAAUAUUACAGGAGAGAUAAUGAAGCUCACUGUUAACUUACAAGGCAAUUUCGUGCAACACAAUGGCAAAGAUUAUCUGUUCAUUAAACGUAUUGGACCAUCUGCUUGCGAAAUUUCUCACGCUUAUAUCUCGUUGGAGAACCUUUUUAACGGAAACAAGUUGCUCGGCGACGGCAUGAAUCGCUUUCUGAACGAAAAUUGGGCCGAAUUGUGGAAGGAAUUGCAUCCGGCGUUCAUUCAAACGUUCGGAAAUGUCGGUUUGGAUAUCGCUAAUAACGUUUUUCAGAGAAAUCCCGUUUCAAAGUUGUUUGUUUAAAUGAAUUUGUGGGUGUAAUUUUAUUAAAAAGUGAAAAAAAAUAAAG